CUUUGACGCCCCACAUUAUGGACUCAUGCUGCCUGCGCUCACCGGGCUGGCAGGGAUCUAAUCUACGUCACUUCUAUAAGACUUUUUGCCUUUGCACUCCGUCCGUUUGGCCCUUCCAUCCAGCGAGAAACUACCUACCUAGUCUGCCAAGCGAAUCUCUCGAAUUCGCUAUGACUUCUAUGCUUGCCACGAAGUAAGACUGUCGACCGUCGACCGCCGCCCGGAACCCAGUUCGGCCGUCUUACACAACCCCGUCCCGACACUCCCGUCCACUCGCGCCGCCGCCGACUUUUGAUCCCCCACCCACCGGAGCGCCGCCAUGGGCGUCAACGGGCUCUGGACGGUGGUGCAGCCGUGCGCGCGGCCGACGAACCUCGCGACGCUCAACCGCAAGCGGCUCGCGGUGGACGCGUCCAUCUGGAUCUACCAGUUCCUCAAGGCGGUGCGCGACGCGGAGGGCCACGCGCUGCGCAACAGCCACGUCGUCGGCUUCUUCCGCCGCAUCUGCAAGCUGCUCUGGUUCGGCGUGCGGCCCGUCUUCGUCUUCGACGGCGGCGCGCCCGCCCUGAAGCGUGCCACCCUGACGGGCCGCAGGCGCAGGCGCGAGGGCCGCAGGGAGGACGCUGCCAGGACCGCCGGGAAGCUGCUCGCUGUGCAGAUGCACAGGGCUGCGGAGGUGGAGAACGGGGAGAGGAGAAGGAGGAGGGCGGCCGAGCGGGAGGAUGCGGGUGAGGACGCGGGGGUCGGAGCGUCGGCGGCGGCGGCGGCGGCGCAGGAGCCCGGGGAGGAGAUACCCAGCAUGGAAAAUAUCGUCUACGCCGACGAGAUUGGCAUGUCGAGGCAGGAGCGACAACAGAAUCGGAAGUUCCACAAGCGAGAUGCCUACCACCUCCCUGAACUGGAGAACGGGAUCGAGGCGAUGGGCAAGCCGGAGGACCCGCGGAUCAUGAGCAUCGAGGAGCUGGAGGAGUACGCCCGCCAGUUCCACAACGGCGAGGACAUCAACCUCUACGACUUUAGCAAGAUCGACUUCGACGGCCAUUUCUUCAAGAGCUUGCCUCCCGCCGACCGCUACAACAUCCUCAACGCCGCAAGGAUCAGGUCCCGCCUGAGGAUGGGCCUGAGCAAGGACCAGCUCGAGGACAUGUUCCCUGACAGGAUGGCUUUUUCGAGGUUCCAGAUCGAGCGAGUUAGAGAGCGAAACCAUCUCACGCAGCGGCUAAUGUUCGAGCUGGGCUUUUCUGGGACAGACUUGACCGUUAACGUCAACGCUCGCAUCGCCGGCGACAAGAACCGAGAAUACAUCCUUGUCAAAAACGACGGGGUGGAAGGCGGAUGGGCCCUCGGUGUUGUGAGCAAGGACAAGGACGCGGGCAAGAUGCACAAGCCAAUCGAUGUGGAUGCAUUGGACUUCCAGUAUCAGGCCAGGAACGACGACGAAGAAUGGGAAGAUGAAGAAGACUUCGAGGAUGUUCCGAUCGAGGGCUUGAACAGGUUGCCGAAACUCAGCCAUCAGGACGCAGGCGCUGCCUAUCAACAAGCACAAGGUGCGGGCUCCGCUCGUCGCCAGCUAUACGAUGCCAGGCGAGACGAGAACGGGACCGUUGACGCGGAAGAGUCUCUAUUCGUAGACAACGGCACCAACGAUGAUGAUAUGUUUGGUGGCGACGAAGUGUUGGAAGCUGAUGAAGAUGAAGAUAUCAACCGGGCCAUUGCCCUGUCGCUUCAGACCCAACAUGGAGCUGGUGUACAAGGAGACGAAGAACAGAGACACCUCGAGGAAGAUGUUCCCAUGCCCAGCUGGACUCAAAAGGCUGUGGAGGCACCGAAGCCGAUCACCGCCUCGAGCGGCCAAAUGGUCGCCCAUAUAGUUAAUAACCGAGCGAAUGCUUCUGUUAGGAGACGCGAUAGUGACGCGAGCAGCGACAGUGAGAUGGAUCUGCAGACAGCCCUAACUUUGGCAAGGCGAAGACAACUAGCUGCCCCAGAACCAAAAGGGAAAGCCCCUAUUCGGCCGAACGGGAAGACCCCCUUCAGCGGACCUCUUCCAUUUGAGAAGCUCGACUGGAAGACGUCUAUCUUUUCAAGUGCGAGUAAGCCUGCGGCUAGUGGCGAGAAGAUACAGGACGCCGAGACAGACGGCUUUGAGGUGGAGUCGGAUGGAGGGCUUGCCGGAGGGUUUGAACGGGAGCCGCAGGGAGAAGGGAAGAAUAAGAAUGAGCCCCGGCCCCUGCCGCCGUGGAUGGUUGACGAUACUGACAUACGGGAGUCGGUGCGGAGCCAACAAGCGAUGGACAUGAUAAUGAACGAGGAGGAUGAGGAGGCCGCUCGAGAGGACGAUCUUCUCCCCCAGCGCCGAAGGGAGGACGAGGUUGUGAUGAUCGACUCUUCCGAAGAUGAGGACAGCGAUAUCGAAGUCAUUGACGCUCUGCCUCCGAAACAGUCCUUGGAAAGGCAACCAACAAGCAUACCUCAGCUCGACGAGACCACUGCUGAGAGGGCCUCUAUCGUGGAUUUGGAAUCAGCAGCUAGCGACGGCACCGCCGAACCAUACAUGGUGCGGGUGACUCCCACCCAGGCAGAGCCAACAAUCGAGCCAGAUACACCCGAGGUGGUAGCCGCAAGCAACGAGGCUGUUGUGGCUGUGUCUGGCUCUCGAUCUCCGUCUCCUGAAAUGGACUUCGAAGACGUAGAAUUUCCUCCACAAACUCACCCAGCUGAGACCGAUCAAGUUGCAGCUCAUAUAGCCGAAGAGGAACUAGAUGCCUUUGAAGACAUCAUGCUCCCAGUCGCGCAGCAGCAGCGGAUCGAGGGCCUCACGUCGGUCGAUCCGGCUGAUGAAGAGCUGUUUGGGGAUGCUCCUGAUGCCGAGGAGUUCGACGACUUCAGCGACCCUGAGGAGGAGGAGCUCCUUGAGCGAAUGGCCCAGGAAGCCGAAGAGCACGCGCGAUUUGCAAGCCAGCUGAAUAACAAGUCGGAACAGGAGAACCAGGAGGCAUACGAGCGCGAGCUGCGCGCACUACGGAGCCAGCAAAAGAAGGACAGACGUGAUGCGGACGAGGUAACGCAGAUCAUGGUCACGGAAUGCCAAGCCCUGCUUCGGCUCUUUGGCAUCCCGUACAUCACUGCGCCGAUGGAGGCCGAAGCCCAGUGCGCCGAGCUGGUUCACUUAGGACUCGUUGACGGCAUUGUCACCGACGACUCUGAUAUCUUCCUCUUUGGUGGCACACGAGUGUAUAAAAACAUGUUCAACAGCAAUAAGUUUGUCGAAUGUUACCUAGGUGCCGACUUGGAGAAGGAGCUCUCCCUUUCGCGGGAAGGUCUCAUAUCCCUUGCCCAGUUGCUCGGGUCUGAUUACACGGAAGGCCUACCGGGGAUCGGACCUGUCACGGCCGUGGAGAUCUUGUCCGAGUUCCCUGGAAAGGACGGCCUCAACGAAUUCAAGGAAUGGUGGCAAGAUGUGCAGCUGCAUAACCGCCCCAAGAGUGCGGACGCCGACCUACCUUUCCGCAGGAAGUUCCGCAAGACCCAUGCCACUAAACUCUUCCUCCCACCUGGCUUCCCCAGUCCGGCUGUUGUGGAGGCUUACCUGAAGCCGGAGGUCGACGCCAGCGCGGAACCAUUCCAGUGGGGCGUGCCAAACCUGGAUGGCCUCCGCCAGUUCCUGAUGUCAACGAUCGGCUGGAGCCAAGAACGGACAGACGAGGUGCUAGUUCCGGUCAUCAAGGAUAUGAACCGCCGCGACGCGGAGGGGACGCAGAGCAACAUCACGCGGUACUUUGAAGGUGGCGUGGGCGUGGGCGCAAAGGAAACAUUCGCGCCCCGUCAGCGGGCGAAGGGCAGCAAGCGUAUGGCGAACGCGGUGAGCAGGCUGCGGGCGCAGACGGGUGGCGGUGGGCUAUCCAUAGAUCUCCCCGUCAUGACGAUGCCCUCCUCGGCACCGAAGACGGCGAGGAAGCGGAAAACGAGAGAGACGGUUGUUGUGGAGGAUGAUGAUGAUGAUGACGACGACAACAACAACAAUAUUGACGACCGAGAUGAUGGCGCACUGGAAGGAAAUGGGGCCCGCAGUUCGUCAACAAGGGUUCAAUCCCAGGGCAAAUCCCGGGGCAAGGACAAGAGAUCAAAAACGUCGUCUUGAUUGAGAAGAUAGAAUCAUGAUACCCUGGCAACAGACUGACAAUGUGAAUCACACUCAGGCUGAAUAUAGCCUCGAUGGCAACAUGCAAGGGCCGAGUUGCAUCAUUUUGGGAUUCAAUGUGCAUCUUCGAACGGCAUGCGCGUGUUAGUUAGUCUUGCACGUCCGACACGCC